AUGCUGCCCGGCGCGGCUGGAGCGCACACCUGCUGCAAACUUCUCAAACAGGUGCUCGUCUGCUGCCUGCUGCUGCCCCGCUUCCUGCUCACCGCCCUCAUGCUCUGGCUGAUGGACUUCCAUUGCAUCAGGAGGAGGGUGGUCCGCACCACCAUGGACACCGAGGGCUCCGAGAGGGAAGACCCGCCGCUCUGCGUCUCCGACGCCAACCGCAUGUGCACGGCGGAGUCGCUGAAGGCGGUCUGGUACGGGCAGAAGCUGGACUUCUUCAAGUCGGCCCACCUGGGGAGCACGGCCCCUAACACCGAGGUGGUCACGCUGGAGGGCCAGAGGCUGUGCCGGAUCCUUGACUUCUCCAAGGGCCAGAGACCGCUGGUCCUCAAUUUCGGCAGCUGCACCUGACCCCCCUUCAUGGCGCGCCUGCAAGCCUUCCACCGCCUGGCAGCGCAGCGCGUCGAUUUUGUAGACUUCCUGCUGGUCUACAUAGAAGAAGCGCACCCGUCCGACGGCUGGGUCAGCACCGACGCCCCCUACCAGAUCCCAACGCACCAGUGCCUCCAAGACCGGCUCCGCGCCGCCCAGCUCAUGAUCCAAGGGGUGCCAGGCUGCAGGGUGGUGGCGGACACCAUGGCCAACGCGUCCAACGCUGCCUACGGGGCGUACUUCGAGAGACUCUAUGUCAUCCUGGACGGCAAGGUGGUCUACCAAGGGGGCAGAGGACCCGAGGGCUACAAGAUCUCAGAACUGAGGGGCUGGUUGGACCGGUACCAGGACCACUUAACUGGAAAGGGUUCACUGGUCAUCCAGGUGUAA